GCUUUGUUAUUACUGACAGUGAUUUUACGACUCGCAUUCAUCAGAGAUGCAUUUAACUGAUUACAAAGCGCAGAAAAAGAAAUGUAUAUUUUAGUGUGUCUUUUUAAGCGGAAGGGAAGUGAAUUCCAUUGUUAAGAUUUUUAAAGUGAGAAGAAGAUUGUGUUAGCACUGUAAAUAUACUUAUAUAUUUGAUAUUUAAACUAUCCGUGGACAUCCUGCGGGGAUUUGAAUUGUGUGACAGAUUUCCCGAAGUGAUAAAUAAAGUCUGAAGAACCUUUUGAGUGCCAUAUUAUAGCUGUAUUAAACACUGGUGAAACGUUCGGCCGCCUGACAAUGGAAUCCGCUCAGCGCCAUUCAGAAGUCUACAAUGCAACCGUUUGUUGGCCAUUCUUGUUAGAUCCAAAGGUAUAUUCCAAACCAUUCUUCUUGUAGCUGUGUUCUGUCAAAUGUCGAUCAAUGAUCCCGGGAAAUGAUUGGCUGAUGAUUAAUGUGACAUCUUGUGCACCUCGCCAAUAUCAAAGGUGUAAAAUAUAAUGAAUUUGAAUUCUCGUUACACUAAAAUGACAAUUUUUGUUGACCUUUUCGAGUCAAUAAGAAAAAAACGUGCAACUGAAUUCUUGGGAACAUUAAGAUUUUUGAGAACCUUCAUAUCAAACAAUGUGACGCAAGGCUUAUUAUAAAGGUGGUACAUACAUUAACUUAAUACAAAACACGAAAAGGGAUUGAAAAAAAAUUGGCACCUAUGUUAAUCAAAGGAUUGUGACUUGAUUUAAGUUUGAGUCAACAAGAUGUCUUUGGCCUUUGAUAUUGCCGGGCCAACUAGCCGUCUGAACCGGCAGGCGACUACAAUAGACCUGUUGGGGAAGUCUUCUUUGAACCCCCUAAGACGUCAUCACUCUUCUUUAGAUCUUCUACAGUUGACCAAGGAAUCCAAAAAUCACAAGAUCCCAACAAGUCACCCGUUCCUGGACGCCAUGGGGGUAGAGAGAAGAAAGCUACCCCCGGCGUUGAGGUGUUCUCCGGAUUCGAACAGUCGACCAGGGUCUAAAACGUCGGAGGAUGAGAAAACGGAAUAUAAGUCCCCGCGAAAGUUUCCGAUCCUGGGACCUACUAGACAGCAAGCGGAGAUUUAUUUCAAACAAAAAUCAAAACAACUACAAGGGUUGACUCUGUCAAGUAGUGCCACAUCAGAACUCGGGAAACACCUAAGUGCCAGUGAUAAAGCCCUUCUGGAGUCCUCGGACGACGCCGAGAAGCUACGAGCAAGUUUUGCUAAUCUAACAACGACUUCUUUAGGACCUCAUAACUCGGAACACCUCGGUGAUGUUCGUUUCUUUGCUGAGUUGGUCAAACCUAUGCAAUACAGACUCAAGUUAAACAAGAGGAAAGAAAAAGUGAUUUUCCCCUCAAAAUACGGUUAUCAUCCUCGUUCGCAUUCGCCAACCUUCAAACGGUUGAUAGAAGCUACCGAGAAACUGGAAGUGAUCGCGAAGGAGGAGUUUGUAGAAGAGCUGAGGGCAAAGGCUGAACUUGAGAAAGUUCAUACAGUUUAUACCUCGACAGAGUUGGAAAAUUCGUACAAUCGGGAAAUACGUAGAAAUGGCACUAGUAAACUAAAUGUAGCCAGAAACAAUGUUAUAGAAGUUUCUCCACCUAAAGUAGAACCGAUUCAACCGAUAACAAAAUCACUGCAAAUUCCCCAGGAAUACCCUCCGAAGGAAGCCACUGUUGAGGCAGAUGUUGAAGAAGAUGAAGACGAGCAAGAUGAGGACGAGGAUUAUAAUUCAGACGAGGACAAUGGUUCAGAAGCUUAUUUCAAAGUAGACUUCCGGGUGAGUGAUGACGCGCAUGCGCAGCUUCAUUUAUUUUUGCCAAAAAUAAACGACAUUGACAACGAAUCAAAAACUGCUCGAUUUGGAUCUGGGUCUGUGAAAAACGAAGUGAAAAAGACAGGAAAAUUACCUCAAAUUUCAAACUCUCAGACAUCUGGUUCUUCGAUGAAAAAUUCAAAUGUGCGCAGAAGUAAAAAAUCGGAUGUGACAAGGAAAAAGAAACGGAAGUUAGAACGCAUCCGGUCGGCCGCGGACACCGACCACAAGCGCGUAAGGGACCAUUUAAAUGACGUUCCAACAAUGAUGUCAAUAGAAAGGGACUUUCACGGCAAAAAGCAUGACCACGACUCUCUCUGUGCUUUUGAGAAUUGCCCUUACCAUUCCGUACAGAAAAACAAUAUUAUAGUCAGUUAAAAGUGUGUCAAGUCUGUGUUGGGUAUUAUAUUUAUUCGUUCAUUGUUAUAAAUUUAUUUAUUUGUUCCGUUUUAAUUUUACGCAAGUUUUCAAGACAUGAUAAUCAGUUGGGGGUUUUUUUGUUGGGGGUCGUUCAAAUUUUGCAGUAUGAAAACAUGCAAUCAAAACGUCAUAUUUAUAAAGUUCUCUUUUAUAAGGAGAAUUUAAGUCCAAACAAGUGUCUGUGAUACAUAAAUAUUUUAUUAUUUUUAUUGUUAUGAAUACAUACAAUAUGAAUAUAAAACUUUAUAUCAAAAAAAAUCUUUAUUCAUUUAUUCAUGCAUUCAAU